UCGAUUUUUUUUGUUACCCCAAAAUCUGGAGAGAUGCUGGGUGCCGUUACAGGUCUCGUUCCACGCGCAGCUGCUAGACAAUUAAAACAUCUGAGUAACUGAGACCUAAACACAAUUUAUUUCAAGUGCGUCUUUUAUCAAAAUAUACUAUGAAUAAUAAUAAUAAUAAUAAACCGUUUAGUGCAAAGAGAAGUAUGCGUCUCGCCUGUGUGCGGCUUGGACUGGCACUGUGCUUGUGCGCAUCUUUGGCCGUUAGCGCACAGGACGAUCCCGAGGACGAGGAGAUGAUACUGGACCUAACCCGAGAGGACGGGACUCAGUCAGAGACCGGACCAGAACCAUCAGCCGAGCUUCUCAGGUGCAACAAGGCACCUUGGCGCAUGCCCGGUCAGUACCUGGUGAUCCUGCGCGAGGGGAGGCACGAGUCUCACGUGCAGAGGACCAUCCGGAGGCUGAGAGCCAAAGCGGCCCGGAGAGGAUACCUGGUGGACAUCCAGCAGACCUACUCAGGAGCUUUGCACGGGUUCCUGGUAAAAAUGAGCGGCGACGUGCUACACCUGGCUGUGAAGCUUCCCCAUGUCCACUACAUAGAGGAGGACUCUUCCAUUUUUGCUCAGAGCGUCCCCUGGAACCUGCAGAAGAUACUGCAGCCUUAUGGUACCUCUGAGAAUGGGACAUACAAACCUCCCAAUGAUGGCAGCCUGGCACAGGUCUACCUCAUGGACGGCAGUGUGCACACCUCCCAUCGAGAGCUCAAGGGGCAUGUCCUGCUCACUGACUUUAACCACGUCCCAGAGGAGGACGGGGUCAGAGUCCACAGACAAGCCAGUCAAUGUGACAGCCAUGGGACUCACAUGGCGGGGGUCCUGAGCGGGGCGGACUCGGGAGUGGCGCGGGGUGUUGGAGUGAACCUAGUCCGAGUGCUUAACUGUCAGGGCAAAGGCACUGUAUCAGGAGCACUGGCAGGUCUGGAGUACAUCCGUGCCACUUUGAUCACUCGGCCUCUGGAUGCUGUGGUGGUCCUCCUGCCUUUUGUUGGUGGGUUCAGUCGAUCAUUAAACGCAGUCUGUAGAGAGAUGGUAUCCAAUGGAGUGGUGGUCAUCGCUGCAGCAGGGAACUACAGAGAGGAUGCCUGUCUCUACUCUCCGGCUUCAGAGCCUGAGGUGAUCACUGUGGGAGCAGUGAACUCAGCAGACCAGCUCAUGUCCCAGGGAGCAGGGGGCACAAACUUUGGUCGCUGUGUGGACCUGUUUGCUCCUGGUGAUGACAUCGUCAGUGCCAGUAGUGACUGCAGCACCUGCUUUACCUCACGCAGUGGGACGUCUCAGGCUGCUGCCCAUGCUGCAGGCAUAGCUGCUGUGAUCCUGUCAGCCAAUCAGAAGGCCUCCCCUGUGCAGCUCCUCCACAGCAUGCUGCGCUAUUCAGUCAGUAACAACAUCAACCUCCUGUCUGUCCCUGAACCUCAACGACUGCCCACCCAAAAUCUGAUCACAGCCAUGCCCCCUGUCUCUGUCUCUACAAAUGGGGAGCUGCUCUGUCGGUCAGUGUGGUCCGACAGGUCAAGGGUCAGAGCUGUCAGUCGCUGUCGUCAUGGAGAGGAGAUGAUGGGCUGCAGCAGUUAUGCUCCUGACGGCAGCCGUGUUGGGGAAACUAUUGAUGAAAACAGUGGUCAGAUGGAGUGCGUUGCUUACAGUGGUCCUGGAGGUAAAGGGGUGUAUGCAGUGGCCCGGUGCUGUGUUCUCGCAGGUCUUCAGUGUCACAUUCACAGCAGUCCCACACCAGGACAGGACGCAGAGUGUGAGAGGCCUGAGACUCAUUUGACAGGCUGUAUGUCCUGGUCCUCUGGUCACUUAUCAGCUGGAUCACGUCCACAUCACGGGGAACGGAGACUCUGCUCUGUCCCUGAAGGCGUCAUGUCCACUGCCGUGUGCUGCCAUGUCCCCUCUCUGGAGUGCCAAGUCCUGGAGCAGACAGCCACAAACGGAGAGCAGGUGGAAGUGUCAUGCCCGGCUGGAUGGACUCUGACAGACUGUAAUGCUGUUUCGCAUGGCUCCAUCUUUGGUCCAGUUGCCAAGGGUAACAGUUGCCAUGUUCACAGUGCCUCGGGAGCGGGUGGGGCUGUGGGUAUCGCAGUUUGCUGUCACAUUAGAGAUGAUGGUCAGCCUGUUCUGCACUGAUGAAGUAUAAUACCCAGCUAUUAGCGUUCAGUAUUUGAAAAGUGAAUAUUAUAUACGCUGUUUAUAUUGUUUAUGUUUGUAUCACUUGGUUUAGAGUGAUAGUUCAUUAUGCUUUCGUUUUCUUCACACAUUUGAGCGAGGCUGUAUCCAUCUAAAAAUCUCAAAAUCUUUUGCCCUAAUGCAUGAUUUCAUCUGGUGGUAAAAAGAAGCUUGAAAAAAAUUUAUAAUAUAGGAUUUAUAAGCCAAUGUGUAUUCAAGCCCCAUGGAUAAACCCUAGCAGGGGAUUACAAUGCGGGUGGAGUGGGAUUUUUAUAUGAAUUCUUUUAUAUUUCUUUUGCUAUUGAAGAUGUGUCCACUUUAAAUGUAUGAAUAUACAAACAGUUUAGCCUUCAUUUUACUGUGUCAGUUGUAUAAUAAGUGUUUUUAUGUGUAUUUGUUCAUCUUUUGUACAAAACUAUUAGUCAUAAUAAACACUUUCAUUUGGAGAUUCCA